UAGAAGCCUGGAUCUAGCACAGAAGGUCAGCUCAGCAUUGAAAGCGUUUCAGGUUAGCAGUGUCAAGGGUGAGAAGAAAGGGCAGGACUGAGAGAGUAGAGGCCACUAGCUGCAGGGAGACAUUAUGAUUUUGGAAAAAUCAUACGAGUCCCAAACUGAAGAUGAAUCCAGUCAUUCCGCAGAAACCUCAAAUCUUUCCACCACACAACCUAAUGUCUCUGAAGAAACUGAAAGUACAGAAGAAUAUGAGGAAAAACAUGAUGCUACAGAGAAACACGUUAUUUCAAUGGAAGAGGGACUUUCAGAAGAGGAAUCAGUCAACAUGCUCCCGGCUGCAGACGCACAGCCAGAUGAUCUGAGCGGGACGAAGGAGGAGGAGGAGGAAGACCCAACAAUAACUACAUUUGAUCAAGUUGACAGCGCAGUUAAUGGAAAAGAUAGCAGCUCUGCUCCAGAUCGAGAUAUACCUCAGUCUGAGUUAGAGCCCACAUCAUCAUUCAGAGAGAUUUCAAAUGUAGAUGUGUGUGCUCAGGAGUUAGGAACGGCAGAAGAUGAGGGAGGUGAUGAACAAGAGACUGUAGAUGUAGACUCAGAAAGAGAGGAAAAUACUGACGUUGAACAACCAGUGGAGGCCUUUCCAUAUUCUGGGCUUGCUGAUGUGGAUGUUUGUGCUACAGAGGUUAAAGGAACAGAAAGAACAAUAGAAGGAGCCGCUGCUGCUUUAGAUGAUGAGGACAGCUCAAAACCCCAACCCGAGGAAGCUGUUGUACAGUCAUCAUUGUCUCGAUCUGAAACUCCUGAACAUGAAGCAGAAGAUCAGGUAGAAGAAACAAAGGAGGAGGAGGAAGGACCAGAGACUGAGGCGUCUUCUGGGGGAAUACAUGAAAGUGUAGCUCAUAUAGAAGGUGCUUCAGAUAGUGAUGCUUUACCAAAGGAGGAUUCAUUGGUUGAGAUUAGUUUUGAUGAUGUUCCAGAGGCUCAGCAGAUUAAAGAGGUUGAGGAGAAACAGCCAGAGGAAGAGGGCUCAGUAGAGGAGAAGAUAUUAGAAAUGAAACAGGAGGAAGAGUCAGAAGAGGUUACUUUAGUGGCAACAGACCAAAAUAUAUCUAGCACACAAGACCAUGAUGAACCUGAAAUGAUGGGAGUUGAACAGGGAGUUAACUCUGAAGAUGGGGAAAUGGAAAGUCAGCACGAGGCAUCUGAUAUAAUGAAAGAGAAGGUGGACACAAAUGAUCCUGAUUUAAAUGAUAGUGAUGAUGAUGAGAAGUGCGAAGGUGUUAAAACCACCAGCUUAUCACAUCAGCCCACCACCGAGGCAGACAAAGAAAACCCACAGGAUGUAACCGAUCAUAAAGAUGAAGAUUCUGAGAAGAUAAGUGAAGGCAAAUUUCACCAGAGUGAGGAUUCUGAGAAAGAGGCAAACGAGCCUGACUUCAAAGAAGAAGAAGAGACAACAGACACAGCUGGAGGAGACAAAGAGGACAUACAUGCAGGAGAUUACAGUGAGCUGCAGGAUCAGGAAUUUGAUGAAGGUGGUGCAGAAAAUCAUUCAUCACAAGUUAGCAAGUCAAAUCUAUCUGCAACGGAGGCAGAGGGUGAAACUUUAGAGGCUCAACAUCUACCAGAGGACAGUCAGAGAACACCUGUAGAGUCACAGCCGAAGGAUACAGAGGUAGAAAAGGAGGUCACAUCAAAGGAGGGAAGUUCAGAAGCAGAGGAGUUUGUAGAGGAAGGAAAUUCUGAAAUACAGGAGAAGAGUGAUGCAACGUGUGAGGAGGGCAGCUUCGGCCUCACUCAAAGUGCAGAUCGGUCGGCUGCAGACCACGAAGGAGAGGAAAGGCCGCUUGGGUCUGAGAAGGACUCAACAGAGCCGGAAGGCAAGAGCGGUGACCAGGAGGAGUGCAGCCGGCCCCAGGAGGAGGAGGACAUCAUGGACAUCCCCCUGGAUGACCCCGAGGCCAACCGGGCUGCUGCCAAGAUCCAGGCUGGUUUCCGCGGGCACAUGACCCGCAAGAAGAUGAAGCCGGAGGACAAAGUAGAAGGGGAGGAGGUGAGCAGCACUGGGGAUGUGCUCAACGGCAGCCAGGGGGUCACAGAGACAGGAGGAUCGGGGGCAGUAGAGGGAGACGACACAUCUGUGCCAGAGCAGUGACGCCCCUGUCCUGACCUGGAUGAAGAGAAGGAGAGGUAGCGAGAGAGAUGGCUGGCACUAGCUGCCUGGGCUGGCUUUUCAGGCACUUCUUUUUACCCCAGGAGUCAUUUUCUUUUUUUGUCAACACACACAAUUAGCAGUAGGAAAACGAACCAACAGUUCUGAGGGUUGUGUUAUGUGAAUUUUGUGAACUUUAACACUCCUUCUCUGCUUCUUCAGCAGCCUCAUCAUCAGUACGGAUGUCUUUGACCCAGAAUUUGCAACUCACUGCAUGUACUUGUGAAACUUCUGGUAGUGUGCUAGUUUUUAGAUGAUGAUCUGUGAAUGUGAAAAUGAAUGUCCUCUAAAUGCUAAACAGGGCUUAUUUUGGAUGGAUCAGUUCAUACCAUCUGUGUAUAAACCUUGUAUGCAUAUGUUUGCGUAUUUAGUGGCUUGAAUUAUUUGUUAUCUUGCAUUGUUUCUGAUGUGCUUGUAUCUUAUUUACCUAUUUGACUUGCUUACAAAAAAUGAUUAAAAUGUCAAAAGAGAAGGAGCUAUGUAUGUUCUAUUUAUUCUAAGUAAUUCAUUGCAGUUGGCUGGAUUUUGAUCACAUAAGUAGGUUCUCUUUUCACCUUUUCAAGCAUUUUCUAUAAAUCUGAUCUUCCAGAACAGUAAGCAUGCAGUAAUUACACUUUUAUUUACAGAUGCAUUAGGUGCAGCUUUACUUUACGAGACAAUGCUUCAAUAUGCUCUGUUGUUGUGUUGUUGGGUUCGACGUAUGUUAAAUCGUUUAAAAGUUUGCAGAGCCGUCGUGCUUUAAAACCAAUUGAAUAGUACCUUGCUGAACUUUGUUGUAGAGUCAUGUCAUUACACUAAUAAAUCCACCUUAAAUAUACAA